CCUGGGAAGCUGAGUGGGAGUGGCGCGGAACUGCAGCGGUUCCUGAAAACCUGAGUGGCGGCAAGGCGGGUCUGCGAGAUAAUAUUUUUAAAAUGACCACACCAAACAAGACACCUCCUGGUGCUGACCCUAAGCAGUUGGAACGGACUGGAACAGUACGGGAAAUUGGGUCACAAGCUGUUUGGUCACUCUCAUCUUGCAAACCAGGAUUUGGAGUGGAUCAAUUACGAGAUGACAAUCUAGAAACUUAUUGGCAGUCAGAUGGCUCCCAGCCUCAUUUAGUGAACAUCCAAUUCAGAAGAAAAACAACAGUGAAGACAUUAUGUAUUUAUGCGGACUACAAAUCUGAUGAAAGCUAUACUCCAAGCAAGAUCUCAGUCAGAGUAGGAAAUAAUUUUCACAAUCUUCAAGAAAUUCGGUCCUGUAGAUGGAAGAGAUUGUCAUCUAAACAAGAUACGUCUCACACAUGCCUCCAGGAAAGGGGAGUAAAAGCACCAAGUCCUUAACAUACUAGUUUUCUAAGGGCCUAAGACGCCUGAGUCUCCUGAUUGCCACGAAGCCUAAUUGCUCACGGGGCAGCCUGGCACGCUGCCAUGUCCCCACUGGGCUGUUUGUUGGUGCUUGUGAAUAGAACAGAAAUGUCUUUGCUUUUUCUACUCAGUUGUCACUGAUUGCAGUUUUAGGAAACUAGUUAACAUUUUUCUUAAAAUGAUAGUAAUUCACGCCAAGGUGAAGUCAAACUUCAUAAUGUCUAAGCAACAAGCAGUAGAGUUAGUUCAAUGCUUUUAAAAUUCAUGUAAAAUAAAAUUCAUUACUUCUUACUCCAUAAUAUUCAUUUUGUAUAAUCCACCUUAACCAUUCUAGACAGAUGUUCUAGAUUUGGAUAAACAAUUUGAAAGUAAAUUAUAAGGUGGUUCUUUCUUGUACUUUUUGUACUUUUGUAAACAGAAUCUGUUAUGUAUAUGAAUUUCAGGACCAGUGGAAAUCACAGACCUUGCAAGCAAAGUGUGUGUGGGACUACUUCAGUUGUUUUGAAAACCUGUUAUUGAGAACACUAGAGAUGUUUGCAUUUUAAUUUCCAAUAUAACUGGAGGUGUAUAUUGGGUUUUCCCCUCUGCCUGGACCUAUAACAAGAACUUCAUUUGUUCCCAAUGUCAUGCUUUACCUCUAGGCACCAUAACUAAUAGGAAACAGUGAGUAUUGUGGGACUUUCACAGAGUUGAGUUACUUUCUUCUUUUCCUCCCAGUCCCCUUCAGAGUUCCACAUCUCUUUAAGGCGUAUGUAUUUCAAUUACACUUGAAUUGCAAAUAUUAUUCACUUGUACUCAUCUCAGAAUAUUUUUUGCCUUAUUUUUUAGUCCAGAGAGACAUACGUCAAGACUACUUCAUUACUUCUGUAAUGUUCAGAGUUCUGGCAGGGAAAUUACUUUCAAGUCCUGGCUACAUCCUUCACCAGCUAGGUGACCCUCGGCAAAUUAUACAACCUCUCUAUGAACUUCAGGUUCCUCAGCUGUAAACUAGGGCUGUGGUGUCGGGAUG